CUCGCUCUUCAGUCUUCACCAACCACUCCCGUGUCUACAUAUACCAUCUCAGACACUGGGCAUUCCCUGUUCAAAUUUCAACUACAUUUCUCGCAUUCUCCAUCUCUGUCUUUACUUUCUUUGGUUUUUUCUUGCAUCAUCAAACCUUGUUCUCUUCUGCUCUUUUUACGAUAAUCAAAUUUCCUAAAAAGAAUCAAUCCGUGCGGGUUUAGUUUAACUCUUUUGCAGAGUUGAUUUUCGAUUGUUCAGAUGGCUGCCAUCGCUCGGUAUCGUUUCUCGGACCUGACGAGACAAUUCCCUAACACGAGCGGUGCUCGCCCUCUCAAGUCACAACCACCCUAUGUUGUUUCCUUCCCUCGAAACCAACCGUUCCGGUUUCAGCCUUCUCAGAUUUCCAUUCCCAAACUUCAGUUUUCAUGCGGCGGAGGCGACGACGGAAACCAUGGGGUUGGUGGUAACGGAGGUGGUGGUAAAGGCGAUGGCGGUUCCAACUCUAACGAUGAUCCAUGGCAGCGCUUUGGCAUUUUGGGUCUUCUUCUAAGUGGAUGGAGAGACAGGGUUGCAGCAGAUCCUCAGUUCCCAUUCAAGGUUUUAAUGGAAGAAUUGGUGGGUGUUAGUGCUUGUGUUGUUGGAGACAUGGCUUCACGUCCUAAUUUUGGUCUUAAUGAGCUCGACUUUGUUUUCUCAACUCUUGUUGUGGGUUCAAUUUUGAAUUUCCUUCUUAUGUAUCUUUUAGCACCAACGGCUUCUGCAUCAUCUUCAAGUCUCCCUUCCAUCUUUGCAAAUUGUCCACAAAGUCAUAUGUUUGAACCAGGUGCUUAUACCUUAAUGAACCGUUUUGGGACUUUUGUCUAUAAAGGAGCUGUGUUUGCUGCUGUUGGAUUUGCUGCAGGCCUUGUUGGAACUGCAAUCUCAAAUGGGUUGAUCAUGAUGAGGAAGAAAAUGGAUCCCAGCUUUGAAACACCUAACAAGCCACCUCCUACCUUGUUGAAUGCCUUCACUUGGGCUACUCACAUGGGGGUUAGCAGCAAUUUGAGGUACCAAACCUUGAAUGGGGUCGAGUUUUUGUUGGCUAAGGGACUUCCUCCCCUGGCAUUUAAGUCAUCAGUGGUGGUUCUGAGAUGCUUAAAUAAUGUACUUGGAGGAAUGACAUUUGUAAUACUAGCAAAAUUUACUGGGUCUCAGAGUGUUGAACAGAAGCCACCAAACAUAAACAAGGAGAAGAAGUUGGUGGACGGUGACAGUUUGGACAACAAUCAGUCGACUUUUAAGUGAUUUUUACCCCCUUUUGUUUACUUUUUUGUCGUAGCUUUUUCUCUGCCUAUCUCUGUAACUAGGAUGUAGCAUGUGAUCAUAAUGUUUGGAAUAAGAUCCAAGUUUGUCUCCGGAUUUAAUGUCAUAA